AUGGAGGAUGAUCUCCAAGCCGGCGACGGCACACUGGCGCCGGCGUCGUCGAUAACGGCACCUCCCAUCGCCCCCAUUCCGCUUCCACCUCCAAUGCUCGCCGCCAUUCCCAGGCCGCCAGCCGCUCGUCAUGGCUCUGUCGAUGGCUCUGAGUCCGACAGGGAGGGGUCUGCCCCGCCGCAUUCCUCCGCCGCUGCACCUGACGAGUACGAGGUCUCUGAGGAGAGCAGAAUCGUUCGAGAGAGGCAGGAGAAGGUACGCCAGGAGUUGCUGCUGAAGCGGAAGGCCUAUGCCAUGGCUGUCCCCACCAAGCCGGAAGCUGUUCGCGCCCGCCUCCGUCGCCUAGGAGAACCCGUCACCUUGUUCGGGGAGAGGGAUAUGGAGAGAAGGGACCGGCUUCGGGCAAUUAUGGUCCGGCUUGAUGCGGAGGGGGAGCUAGAGAGGCUACUUAAGGCCCAUGAUGAUGAGGAACAGGCCGCUGCGGCCGCCGCCUCGGAGGGUGUCGAGGGCGAGGAAGGUCCGAUUAAGUACCCAUUUUUCACCGUGGGUUCUAAAGAACUCCUGGAUGCGAGGGUUGACAUCGCGAAGUACUCACUGGCACGGGCUGGAGCUCGUCUAGAGAGGGCGAGGAGGAGAAGGGAAGACCCCGACGAGGACCCGGAUGCCGAAUCUGAGAUGGUGUUGCAACAAGCAGGGGGUUUCUCUCUCGAUUGCAGUGAGCUUGGGGAUGACCGGCCACUGACGGGGUGCUCAUUCUCAAACGAUGGCUCACUACUCGCGACCAGGUACUUUUUCGGGCUUUCUUUUGCUUAUUGUUUCACUAUAAUUUCCCCCUGUUGAAUAUGAUUCUAGAGUUCCUUGCACGCAGUACUUUUAAGUGACCUUUUGGGAUGGACAUUAUCCGAUUCCUCGUCAUGUUGACUCCCAGAAUCUCAAUGCGGGCGAUCUGAUAUAUAUUUUUUAAAAUUUCAGCUGCUUUAAGACAGUGCCUGUCAGUAUGGAGGACAGCAAAACUAUCACCUCUUAGUCAUCCAUUAUUAUCUCUUACAUGUUGGUCUUCUCUGUAGACCUUUAUUUAUUCUUUUCAACCCUCAGAUGGAUCCUUGCCGACUGUCAUCAUCAUUUUUAUCCAAAUGAUAUGCUAAUUGGCGCCUUGUUUUUGCAGUUUCACGCAAUUUUAUUUCAAUUGCAUUUUGAAUGCAAAAUAUUAGGAUAAUUUGGAAACCUUAUUUGGGAAUUUUCUUGGGCAUAAAUUGUGUGAGUCAGCCCCAUAUGCAGUGCUCCAUUGCUUAUAGUUUAAUAAAAAGGAGAUGGAGUCCCUAACAUCGAAACCUUAGUUACGAUUUACGGUUCAUUUCGAAGCUUUUGAAAUAAUUUAGUCAAGAUUACCUAGUAACUGUCUAAGUUCUCAUAUAAUUUUGCUUGUGCAAAAAGUACCAGAAGAAGAGUGGAACUUUGAAGUCGUAACAGUCUGACGAUAAUUUUUGAGGUUAUUAUGAAGACAUUGGUGAGCAAGCUGAGUAAAGUGAUUAGUUCACCAUCCCAAACCUAUCAGCAUUUGUCAACGUAAUUUUUAUUCUGAGCCUGUUUUCAGUAGGACAUGAAGCUAUUCUGCUCCCCAAGACACAUGCUUAAGCUGGAUUUUGAAACGGGAUAUGAUAGAGUGACAUGGAGUUUCACUACUAGAACCCUAAUCCACACUCGUAAAUACCUCGAUAGUUUACUUGGCUUUCUGCAGAAAAAAAUUCUUUCCUUCUAAAUAAAGAACUUGUCUAUUCUUUGCGUUGAUAAGGAGCCUUGGACAAGGAUCCUAUGUCCCCAUUUUGGUUCCUGUUAGUGAACUCUAUGUGGAAUAAAGUUGGUUGAAGUUGAACUGUGAAUUUUAUUCUGGAGAUCGUUCAAGUGUUACUCUAAUAUCCUGUGGCUUUGCUGACAACACCUUGUCUGCGCUAGUCAAGAAAUAGGAAAUCAUGAUUAGUUGGAAUUGAUGGUUGUUUGAAUACUAAAGGCCAGGCCAAAAGAACAACUUGAUGGGUGCGAAUGGUCACAUUUUAGGAUCGACUUGACUUACUACUAACUGAGAUUGGAAAUGGUUGAGUCUGCUUGAAGGUUGGGGAGCUUCAGCAUAGUGCUUUUCUUGUAUUUCGUUCUGAGUUGAGGGUUAUAUCCCCUUCUAGAUGUCCUGUGGGUGAUUUUCUCUAACCAUUCCACCUCUACCAUUCUCUGCCUCCGGCAGAACAACACACACAUGCACACGCAAAAAAGCUGCUUCGCCCUCCCACUAUGCACCAUAUGAUUCUGUGUUCGCUGUCUUGUGUUCACUGUCUUUUACACACCACAGGAAAAAAUCCAAUGGCAUUAGGCAUGAAAUGCUAAUCAUGUGAAAUACAACUAUUCGUUUCUACUUUCCUUUGUUCACUCAGAAAGUGAGACUAUAUCACCUUCUAUAGAAAGCAAAUAACGCUUCAGUGAUGGAUGGUAACUAUUCAUAAUAAUCGGGAACUUAAAGAACUUAAAAUGUUCGGUGACAACUGAGCAGAUGAUAAACUCUCACAUUCUAGGUUCACUUAUAUGCAUUGGACGACCUCUAAGGCAUUGGAUAAGUUACACUUAUGAGUACACAAGCAGCUGUCUCAUAGGAGGUACCUUUAUGCAAAAAAUAUCAGGUUAUUUUUGCCCUAUUACAGAUGCUUAAAAAGCUACCAGUACUUGAUGCAGUUAGCUUGUAGCUUUUAACAAUGCUGCUAUGGUAGGAGUCAUAAUAGUGUGAAGGCAUUUAACAUGGAGAGCGAAUUAAGCAUCAUCGCAACUUUGAUUCCGCUAUUGAAAUUAAGAUCUUUUUAAGAUCGACUGGGGAAAUUAACUAUGGUUUGCUUUGAAAGUACCAGACAAUUGUUUACAAUAAUGACCCCGCCUUUAGAACAUUGGUAGUUACUCUCUGUAAUUCUUUGCUUUUUUCUCCGUUGGCAUUCUGUUUCUGGUGAGGAACUAGCAGAAGAACAGACUGUCUAAUGAAUAGUGUCUCUUUCCAAAUGAAAUAUGAAAACUGUUUCUGGAAUAGUGUCUCAUGAAUUUUUUCAUGAGUUGUUGUUUGGGGUUUAACUAAAAAUGCAUUUAUGGGAGAUCUAACAACUUGUGUUUAGUGGAAGGACGAUGUUAUACUUAGAGAAUAUGAGCAAGGGGCUUGGGAUUUUUUGCAUUGGAAAAGAAAAUUGUUUCCUUUUAUCUCCUCGAUCUAUUCAUUUUGUUGUAAAAUUUUGACAUGAUAUUAUUAAAAUAUUGAAAGAUGCAUCUUUUCAUCAUCCAGGAUCUAUAGCACAUCAUUAUAAUGCUAAGAUGCAUCAUUCACAUCAUUAUGCAGUGUUAAUAUAAUACCAUGGCACCUGGUUUCUAACCCAGAUGGUAUGCGAAAGUUAAAUUUAUGUUGGUCCCACAUCAAUGGAAAUGAAAACAUUUCGGAAAAAUAGCUAUUCACUUGUCCAGAAUACAUUACCUUACUGGACCAAUUGCUUUUGGGAUAUAUUCACUGGGCAGCACUUCAUGUGGGGAAGUAUAGGACUACUGGAGGUGUUCCUUUUCGUGAAAUUGCAGGGCUCUCUGCUUACUGUUGUCUCCUUGGCUAUGUUUUAGUGAUAAAUGUUGUAGAGAGUAAGUAUGCUGUCAGAUAAAGUGGUACCAUGAAGAGGCACCCCUAUAUUGCUUCGAAGGAACAAAAAAUACCCAACAGUCUCAUGGUCGUAUGAACCCCUGGGCUGCCGUUCUUGAAGAAUUUGGUUCAUGUAUGAGCUUUGUGGACUGAUAGAAUGCCCAAAGAACUGGCCAACUGUUCACUGAUUACUUCGAAGGCCUUAAUAACCAUGCAUAUUAGACAUGUGGAGCCGGGGUGAAGAGUGUUUCAGAGGACGGUGCAUUACGUGCAAUUAGACAUUAAUCAGCUGUUUAAAGAGAAAGGGUGACAAACGACAGUUUGAAACUUGGCCACCAUCGUUACCUAUUUACAUGUAGUACAAAUGAAGUAUAAUGUGGGCCUAAUGGGCUUGUAUACUGAACCACUCACAAAACAGUAGUAGGCCUAUUUCAAUGGACCUUCUAAGAAUUGCCUUUGCCAUAAUUGGGAAUAAUAAAAUGGAGCUGUUUUCUUUUUCCCAUGAUGGUGCAUACUGACUGACAUCAUUUUCCCGCAACUAUGCGUAGCUGGGUCAUUUUUAGUCAAAUGAUUUUAGAAUUAUUAAAACUGACCCCCUUAAAACUUUUGAUUAUUUUCCUGAAUGACAACCAUCAGAUCACCUUCCUAGACUGAUCUUUACGUUUGACCAAAUUCAUUUGAAGAGUCAUCAGCCCUUGUUGGAUUGGUAGUUAGUUUCCCUUUUUUUAAUAAUUCGUUUGAUGUUAAACUGAUUGGCUUGUAUGUGUCUAUGAUGAGGCGAGAUUCAUGCUGAUACACGGAAACAAUCAUUUCAAUUUCAAAAUUGCCCUGAUGGGCUUUGAAUGUGCUGUAAUAACAUUUUUCUGCCUUGACAUGUGUGGUGAAGAGGCAACCCAGCCAUUAACUUUGAAUGUGCUGUAAUAACAUUCAAAAUUCGAUUUUUUAAAAAGCUGGAUCGUUACCCCCCUAUGUCCCCCUCGGGGGGAGGAGCUAUUUCUUUUAAAAACUAAGAGAAAGAGUGACAGUUCAAUCAAUCUUUCUUGGGCGAAACAGAGGCGUUUAUUACUUUUACUGAGAAAAAACACCUCAGUUUCAGUUGAUAGUGUUAUGUUAUAUAGGAAAACCUUCACUUCACAGUGCAUCAUAAAGCAUGUUCUUUAUUGCAUCUAUUAUUAUUGCAGUUCAUGGAGUGGGAUUACAAAAAUAUGGAGUAUGCCUCAUGUGAGAAAAGUUUCUACUCUAAAAGGCCACACAGACCGUGCCACUGAUGUGGUUUUCUCUCCCGUCGACAACUGCUUGGCGACUGCAUCUGCAGACAGAACCGCCAAGCUUUGGUCCACUGAUGGAUCGCUGCUGAGGUCAUUUGAUGGGCAUACAGAUCGCCUCUGCCGCAUUGCCUUCCACCCAUCUGGAAAGUAUCUGGCAACUGCAAGCUUUGACAAGUCCUGGAGGCUGUGGGAUAUAAACACUGGGGUUGAGUUGCUUUACCAAGAAGGUCACAGCCGACGGCUCUACGGGAUUUGCUUCCAUCCUGAUGGAUCAUUGGCCGCCUCCUGUGGCCUUGACGCCCUUGCGCGUGUGUGGGAUCUCCGGACUGGGAGGAGUAUCUUUGCUUUGCAGGGUCACGUAAAGGAGGUGAGUGAGGCUCAAGACAGCCUGCAUCACUCCAGAGCUUUCCACUUCCCUUCACUUGUACACCGAGCUCUGUGGUUCCUGCUUCCCUUCAUCUCUGAGAUCCUGGAUUCUAUUUCAGGUCCUUGGAAUCUGCUUCUCUCCAAAUGGGUACCAUUUAGCUACGGCUGGCGAGGACAACACAUGCCGCAUAUGGGACUUGAGGAAGAAGAAGUGUAUCUAUGUCAUACCCGCCCAUGCUUGCAUUAUUUCUCAGGUGAAGUUCGAACCUCAAGAAGGAUACUUUCUGGCGACUGCUUCGUAUGAUACAAAAGCCAUGGUGUGGUCGGCGAGGGAUUUCAAGCCUGUCAAGACGCUGAUUGGACAUGAAGGGAGAGUGACUGAUCUGGAUAUCACCGGAGGUAACUCUCAACUCAUCAUCUAGCUUCUCCUCUCCCUACCUGUCUGCACAUCACAGGUUCGCCAUUAAAAACGCCUCCUCUACCAUCGUUUUACUCUGCAGAUGGCCAGACAAUAGCCACCGUUGGGCAUGACAAGACCAUUAAGAUAUGGGCAUGCAAGAGUGAGAACAGUGCUAUGGAUGUUGAUGAUGACCCUCCAUCUUGA